AUGGAGGUGCCAAAGAAUAUCGUUAUUAUUGGAGCAGGUAUUUUCGGAAUAUCAACAUCAAUUGCUUUGGCCGAGAGAUACCCAUGUUGUCAAAUUCAUGUCAUUGAUCGUUUUGAGCCACCAGUUCCAGAUGCUACCAGUGUGGAUACUACUCGUUGCAUAAGAUUUGAUUAUAAAGACCCAGUUUACUCUAAAUUAGCAGCCGAAUCUUUGAAGAAAAUCGAAAAUGACCCAGUCUUGUCAAAAUUUUUUCACAAGUGUGGAAUGUCUUUUGUCUACAAUGGAAAAAGUGACAAAUGGGAAGAUAUAUUCAUUAAAGGAAGAAUUACUGCUAUAGAGGCUAAUGAGAAUCAUCCAGAAAAAAUUGUUCAUUUUAAUAGCAAUACAGACGUCAUUCAAAGAAUUCAUGGAAAAGAUUACAUUCCUAAGACCCCGAAAGAGUUGGGCAGAGCCACUUGGUGGAACAAAGGCUAUUGCAACUUGUCAAAUGGUUUUAUUGACGCUGAAAAAAGUAUGAAAGCGUAUUACCAGCGUGCCAAAGCUUAUACUAAUGUAAAAUUCACUUUUGAGGAAGUAUCAAAAAUUGACUACCAUACUGGAACAAAUAAAGCCAAAGGUGUCAAAUUGAUUAAUGGUACUUUAAUUGAAUCUGACCUAGUCAUUGUUGCUGCUGGUGCUUGGAGCGGUAAAUUAGUUGAUCUUAGAGGUGUCUGUAGCUCCUCAGCUAUUGAAGUUGCAUGGUUUAAAGUUUCAAAAGAAGAGCAAGAAAGAUGGAAAAACAUGUCAAUAACCACAAAUUUAUCGACUGGAAUUAACACAUUUCCUCCUUAUGAAGGUGAAGUCAAAAUCUUGAGAAGAUCUGCGGGAUACAAGAAUACAUUAAACAUUAAAAACCCAACACCGACAGAUGUGAAAGAAAAUGAAAUCAGUAUUUCAUACCCAAGAACAAUCACAACUAAUCCGAAGGAUUGGAUUCCAGAAGAUGCUGAAUUGGCUUUGAGGGAAAAUAUGAAAGAAAUUAUGCCUCCUUUAUAUAAAAGACCUUUCGAUAGAACCAAGUUAUGCUGGUUGACUCAAACUCCCACGGCUAAUUUCUUGAUUGAUAAUCAUCCAAGACUCCAAAAUGUUGUAUUGGCUACUGGAGGAUCCGCACAUGCUUGGAAAUUCGUUCCAAUAAUAGGUGAUAAAGUGGUUGAUUUUAUCACAGGCAAGCUCGAUCCUGUUUUAGUCGACAAAUGGUCUUGGAAUGAAAAAAUUGGGAUUAAACAAGAUAAUGGGAGCUCACCGAGAAUGGAAGGAGAAGCACAAGAAGUUAGCAAGGUUAUUAGAGUUUCUCCCUCUAGAAAUCAUAAACUUUAA